UUUUAAUCUCUAAGCCAAACCAUUCAUUUCAAUAAAUUUACAAGUGAAUUCAAAUAUUUCAAAUUAAAUUCUAUCUUUUUUGUUUUAAAAAAAAGAGAUAAAACAUUUAAACAUUAUUAAUAUUGAACAUUGAUUUCUUUUUUAUAAAUUUCAUGAAAGAAGAAAUAAGUGAACGAUUUAUAAUGGUGAAGUUUUGUUAUUCGAUCGUCAAAAUUGUAACUCGUAUUCUACAUUAAUCAUUUAGUGUACUUCAUAACUAUGAAUGUAAUUGUUAGAUAUUUAUGAAUUUUACAUAAUGAAAACAAAGAGGAAUUAUCAAUAUUGAAUAAUGAACAGUUUAAUUUUUUCAUUAAAAAAAUUUGGUGUAUUUAACUUGUACGAAAACAAUAAUAAUAAUAAUAAUAACAAUCAAACUAGUAAUUUUUAACAAAAAAGAAAAUCACAAAUUGAUAUGGAGAAUAAACAAAUUUGUGGGUAAAUAAGUAAAUAAAAAACACAAAAAAACAAAAAAAAAACAAAAAAAUAAAUAAAUAUGCAAUUUCAAUUAAUAGUUUGUUUUUAUAUUCUAAUUUAUAUAAAACAAAUUUAUUCAAAUAUUCAAUGGAUUAAUUCAAUUUAUAAUAAUAAAUCAAUUAUUAAAAAUUAUUCAAAUUUAACCAAUCAGUAUUCAAGAUCCUAUCAUAAAUUAUCAUUAGUAAAUAUAAAUAAUUCAUCAAAUACAAUUCCAUCAUUAUAUACAAAUUUAAAUUUUAAUUGGGAAUCUAAUAUAAAUCGUAUAACAACAGAUUGGGCUGAAAAACGUUUAAUUAAAGAUUUAUUAUAUGAUUAUGAAAAACAAUCUAGACCAGUUGUUGAUGGUUUAACACCAAGAGUUUAUGUAACUCCUACACAAAUUACACAACAAAUUACUGUAGAAUUUGGUUUAGAAUUAUUACAAAUAUUAGAUUUAGAUGAAAUGGAUCAAAUUUUAACAACAAGUGUUCGUUCAUUAUAUAAAUGGAUAGAUCACAAUUUAAUAUGGAAUCCAAAUGAAUACGGUGGUAUUGAUUCAGUGACUAUACCUGUGGAAUAUCUGUGGAUACCCGAUAUUUCACUUUAUAAUUAUGCAGAUGAAAGACUUAAUGAAAGAAGACCAUGUGAUGCAAGGAUUUUUUCUGAUGGAAGUGUACUUUGGAAUCCAAUGGGUAUAUUUAAAAGUACAUGUUCUGUUGAUAUUAAAUAUUUUCCAUUUGAUCGACAAAAAUGUGUUCUGAAAUUUGGACCGUGGAGCUAUGACGGAUUUCGUGUUAAUAUUUCAUUUUAUGAUGGUGAAAGAAAUUUUCGUCUACUUAAUUAUAUUACUAAUCCUGAAUGGAAUUUAUUAAAUUCAAGUGCUGUAUUUACAGAAAUCUCUUAUCCUUGUUGUCCAGAAAAAUAUCCUGAUAUAACAUUUCAUGUAUGGAUUAAAAGAAAAUCUGCAUUUUAUACAUAUAUCUUAAUAAUACCAAGUAUUUUAUUAUCAUCGCUUACAUCAGUAAUUUUUUGGCUUCCACCACCUUCACCGGCAAAAAUUGUUUUAGCAAUGAAUGUAUUUGUUGCAUUCCUUCUACUUCAUCUUUUAUUGGAAGAUACAACUCCAGCAGCUGCAAGUAAUUUCCCACUACUUGGCGCAUAUUAUUGUUUCAAUAUGGGUGUAAUUACAAUUUCAAUGUUUUUAUGCUGUAUAACAGUUAAUAUACAUUUUCGAACAGCUGAAACUGAACAACCGUCUAAAUGGUUAAGAAAAUUCACUUCAUUGAUGGGACGGAUACUUUUUAUUAACAUUGAUGCACUUGAAUUAGUUGAAACAAAAGACAAUUUAGAAAUGAAUUUAUGUUUACAUCGAUCAACACAAAAAUCUGUUAAAAUGUCAUCACAUGUAAGUAAUUCUAGUAGACAAUUCAAUCAUUCCAAUAUUUAUCCACAUUGUAGUUUAAAUGACUUAACUGAAAUCGUUUCAUCAUUUGUGCCUAAAUCUUCUAGUUCAACAUCAGCAUCAUCAUCAUCAGCAGCAUCAUUAUCAACUCAUGAUUAUCUACACAAUAAUACACUUCAAAAUGAUUUUAUAAAUUCUAGUAAUCAAUGUCCACAUUGUACAGUUCAAUGGAAUACUUCAAAAUUAUAUCCACUUCAUUCUGAAUCAUUAAAUAAUAAAACUAAUAACAACAAUAUAAACAAAUCUUAUGAUUCAUUUAAAUUUCCAGUUUGUUCAGAAAUUAAUACACCUUGUUCAUGUUAUUAUUUUAAACAAAUAUUAUCUCCAUUAUGUUAUUUAAGUAAUAAUGAUAUAUCAAAUAAUCAAAAUCAAAUGCAUAAUAAUAUAUCACCUAAUAUAAAUUCACAUUAUUCAUUACCAAUAAAUACAUAUUCAAAUGAUCAAAUGAUUAGAUCAGAUUAUUUAAAUAAUUAUCCUAUUGAAAAUAUAAAUGAUUUAAACAAAUGGAAUAAUGAACAUUAUCCUUAUUUAAAUCAAGCAACAUUUAAAUUUAAACACAAUUAUAGUAAUAAUAGUAAUAGUAAUGGUAAUAAUAAUAAUAAAAAAUUACAAAAAUUCUCAAAAUCACUUUAUUGGAAUAAAUUUUUAAAACAAAAUAAACAAAAUAAAAUUUUAUUUAAAUCUAAUUCAAAAUUAAAAAAUUAUUAUCCAAUUAAUUUUAAUUUAAUUUCAACAAUUAAUAAACAAAAAAAUUAUCAAUCAUUAAAAUAUAUUAAAAAUGAUAUUGAUUAUAUAACAAAAGCUGCUAGACAAUUAUUAAUUGAAUUAAAACAACGUGAAUUUAAACAAAAAAUUAUUGAACAAUGGAAAAUAGUUGGUAUUAUAUUAGAUAGAAUAUUUUUUAUUCUUUAUUUUAUUACAAUUUUAUUAUCAGCAUUAUUAUUUCAUCCAACAUUAAUUGAUGAUUAUAAUGAUGAUUAAGGAUAGAUUUUAUUGAUUAUUUAUAAAUUAAUUAAAAUUAUUGGUUUUUAUAAAAUAUGUAAACAUUUCAAGUGUUGUCUUAAUGUUGUUCUUGUUUUGUUCUUUUUUUCUUCAUUAUUCUGUUCUAUAUUUUCAUAAUUAAUAUGAUGAAUCAAUCUUAGCUAGAUCAUUAUUUAAAAAUCUGAAGUCACUGAACGACCAUUUCUUUUAAGUAGUGAGAUUUCCUAGCAGUUUAUAUUUAUGAACUUGUACAUGAGAAUCGAAACCGAGCACCACUAGACUUGUUUGAACACCUAUCUUUAAACUAGUAGGAAGAAACGAUUGUUCAGUGUUUCUAGGUUUUCAAUGUUGAUACAGCUAAGAUUAUUUCAUGAUUUUGAUUGUGUAAAUAUAGGUCAAUAUAUAUUUGAAUGUUUAAAUCAGUUAUGUUAAGCAAAC